CCCAGACCCAGCAGCUAUUGUGGUCGUCCCUCAGCCGCGUCGCACCGCAUCGCAUUCUACGAUUCGAAGCUCUCUCUGCUCGCAGCCAUGGCGAAGAAUUACCCAACCGUGAGCGCCGAGUACAGCGAGGCCGUCGAGAAGGCCAGGCGCAAGCUCCGCGCCCUCAUCGCCGAGAAGAGCUGCGCGCCCCUCAUGCUCCGCCUCGCGUGGCACUCCGCGGGGACGUUCGACGUGUCGUCGAGGACCGGCGGUCCCUUCGGUACUAUGAAGUGCCCGGCGGAACUGGCUCACGGCGCCAACGCGGGGCUGGACAUCGCGGUGCGGCUGCUCGAGCCCAUCAAGGAGGAGUUCCCCACCCUCUCCUAUGCCGAUUUCUACCAGCUUGCCGGAGUUGUGGCCGUCGAGGUCACCGGUGGGCCUGAGAUCCCCUUCCACCCCGGCAGGGAGGACAAGCCUCAGCCGCCACCUGAGGGCCGUCUUCCUGAUGCCACCAAGGGUUCUGACCACCUGAGGCAAGUCUUUGGCAAGCAGAUGGGUUUGAGUGAUCAGGACAUUGUUGCCCUCUCUGGUGGCCACACCUUGGGAAGGUGCCACAAAGAGCGGUCUGGUUUUGAGGGGGCCUGGACUACGAACCCUUUGGUCUUUGACAACUCUUACUUCAAGGAACUUCUGAGUGGCGACAAGGAGGGCCUUCUUCAGCUCCCAAGUGACAAAGCCCUGCUGAGCGACCCUGUCUUCCGCCCUCUUGUGGAGAAAUAUGCUGCAGAUGAGAAGGCAUUCUUUGAUGACUACAAAGAGGCCCACCUCAAGCUCUCCGAACUGGGGUAUGCUGAUGCUUAAAUGGUCCAUAUCCUGGAGCGGGACACAAACUGCUGCCUGUAUGGACUCGUGCGAUUCAGGGUGAACCAUCAGAUUGUCUAGUGUCUUCUUUGUAAUAAAUUUAUCUGUUCUUGGUACUUUGUCUAUGGUUGAAUCGGAACCCAUUUUCCGUUUGCCUAGAUUCUUAAUUUCUGGUGCUGUAUCCAGCUGAAACUAGUAGAUCUAUGAUCUUGUGGCUGCAGCAUGUUCUUGUCACUUUUAUCUGGUCUCCGUUGGUUCGGUUCACAGGUUGUGUGCUUUAAAAGGCUGUGCUUAAGUCCUGCAAUUCGAGUCCACCAAACUGUAGGGUGCAAGUCGAGAUUUUAUUAGUGAUGCAAGUUGCUGGUAUUGGUGCAUUAUCGGGCUAAUACGCUUGCGUUGCCUUCUGAUUUUAUAAGUGAUGUAAAUUGCUGGUUUUAACGUGCA